AUGGCGGGGUCCUUCAUGCGGGCCUCGGAGGGCCACCUGUACGGGGUCGGCUGGGCCUUCCUGAACGACGCGGACCCCGACAGGCACACCGUGGGGGCCCCCGACAAGGGCAAGGGCAAAGGUGACGGAGACGAGAAGGAGAAGCUGCCCAAGUACGUGCCCUACACCGCCGAGCACGCCAACUUGAUAGCGCGAGUGAAGGCCGUGCAGAAGAAGAAGGGCAACGAGAUCUGGGCGAACUUCUGCGAGUCCGUGGGUGGCGCCAAGCGCGACCCUGCCUCGCGGACCCCCGCCGAGUUAGAGGCCUUCCUGAGGGAGGCGGACCCAGAAGGCGCUACCGUCGGUAUAGUGGGCGAGUUCGACGAGGUCCUGGCGCUGGUGCACCAGGUCAAGACCGGCUGCCGCGUGUCCGAGGCCUUCAAGGACCUGUGGCAGAGAUUCUGCGACGAUCGCACUAACGGCCUGCGAGAUCCAUGCAGACACACCCUGGAGCAGCUCCGGGACUUUAUCAAGAUCGCGCCAGAGAUUCCGCAGCCCGACGCGGACCCCGAGCACGUCAGGCUGGUGGACGCGGUCAAGCAGGGGCAGCGCACCGACGAGGGCUUCAAGCAAGCCUGGUGGAAGUUCUGCGAGGAGCAUGGCUCCAAGAUGAUGGACCCCUCGAGGCACGAGAAGCCCUUCCUGGAGUCCUUCCUGGCAGCCGCGGCCGCCUACGGCAAGGCGCCGAAGAUGGGCCCCCCGCCGGGCAAGGGCUGCGACAAGGGCAAGGGCAUGGGUCACCCGUAUGGCUGGUGA